AAUAGUUCCCCCUCUCCCUCCCAUCCACACCUCUUCUUCUCUAUCUUCAGCUCCACUCCAGCCCGGCCAGCCCAGCUGCCUCCACCAUGGGAGACCCCUACACCAAUUUCCUCAGAGGCUACUACUCCCACUUCCCUCCCUCCAACCCUCCCUCCUUCCCCACGAGCAGCUACGCCUCCUCCUACCUCCACCCGCCUCCCCCCUCCCCUCCCAUCAGGGAAGCCCUCCCGCUCCUCAGCAGCCUCACGCCGUCGUCCUCGGCCACCAACCACCACCAACACCACGACGACGUCGCCCGGGAUCACAAGGGCUGCAGGCGCGCCACCUCCUGCAGCGGCCAAGACGCGGCCGAUCAGGCCGCCGCCGGGGAGGUCACCGUGGCCUUGCACAUCGGCCUGCCUAGCCCCAGCCCCUCCGAGUCCGCGGCAGGCGGCGGCGACAGCCGAGAACAGGCGGCGGAAGGGAGCAGCAGCCUGCAGCAGCAGCAAGGGGACGGCGGCCAUGAAGGAGGAGGAGACGAGGAGGACGGGGACGACGGGGAGGACGCCGCCAUGGCGGUGGGCUGCGCGUCCAUCGGCAUCGGGAGGCUGACGAAAGGGCAGUACUGGAUCCCCACCCCGUCACAGAUCCUCAUUGGGCCCACCCAGUUCUCCUGCCCCGUCUGCUACAAGACCUUCAACCGAUACAACAACAUGCAGAUGCACAUGUGGGGCCACGGGUCGCAGUACCGCAAGGGCCCGGAGUCGCUGCGCGGCACGCAGCCGACGGCGAUGCUCCGGCUGCCGUGCUACUGCUGCGCGGCGGGGUGCCGGAACAACAUCGACCACCCGCGGGCGCGGCCGCUCAAGGACUUCCGGACGCUGCAGACGCACUACCGCCGGAAGCACGGGAUCAAGCCCUUCAUGUGCCGCAAGUGCGGCAAGGCCUUCGCCGUGCGCGGCGACUGGCGCACCCACGAGAAGAACUGCGGCAAGCUCUGGUACUGCGCCUGCGGCUCCGACUUCAAGCACAAGCGCUCGCUCAAGGACCACAUCCGGGCCUUCGGCAGGGGCCACGCAGCCUGCGGCAUCGACUGCUUCGACGACCUCGACGACGACGACCGCGACCCGUCGUCGGAGGUCGACCACGCCGCCGGCGGUAGUACUGCCACUGCUACUGCUAGUGCUACAACCACCAACACUACUAGCGCCGCUACUGCUGCCGGCGCCGCCAGUUCUCACCGCCACCACCACUGGAAGCCGCCGCCGCCGUCGUCGAGAGGCUCCGGCAGCGACCGGCUGCUAUAGGGUGAGUACGCACGUACGGUAGACUGCUACGAGUACAAUCGUCGUCGUCGGUCGAUCUGUAGCCAGAUGCAAACGUAUACUUGUGCGUGUAACCGUCUGUGCGUGUUGCCGGGGAUACAGCUGAUUUAGUAAGCAAGGGCUUCCAUUAAUCGAUUGAUGAACUGAACAUACACAUAAUUAAGCAUGCAGGAAGGGUUGAUGUGUGCAAGCUGGUUAAGAUGGACUAUAUAUAUAUAAUUAAGGUUCUAAUCCUCAGCUGGGGGUAGCCCGUGGCCUAGCUAGCUUCAUUGUAUGUGUAGACUCGAUCAUCCAUCUCUGGUAUAUGGUGAUAAACACGGUGAAAUAUACAGGUUGUCAAUGUUAAUAACUUGAGGUAACAAUCCUGCAUCAUAUCCAUGCAUAUGCAUGCAAGUGCUGAUGAAGAUAUAGAGCUGUGAAUAAUAGAGAUCUAUAUACAUACUCUUUGUUUUGGGGGGUUUUGAGAUUUUUCUUCUUUUAUUUGUUUUAUUUAACUUGUUGAUUUGUGGUGUCAUGCAUGGUAUAGUGAAGUUGUUGAGAAAGAAGAAUGGAUCUUUUUUUAUCAGACUAUUCUUUUUAUAGAUGAAGUGUUAUGGUUUGAUUGGGGAUAUAUUUGGGUAUGUGAUGGAUUGGUUAUUUACUUAUUUCAAAUCAUAGAAAAUUAAUUUCCUGAUAUUUUACUUGUUUUCCAAUGUCGAAACAAUUGAACGCAUACCAGAUCUCAUGCAAGAUGUUAAUUCGAGGUUUUGUUUGUAAAAUUCGUGCAGAUAGAAGAUAGUUUUAACUUGUGCAUGACUACAAGCUAGUGAACCAGUUGGUCCCUGGAACUCUAAAGUUUAUACCAUGUUCACUUUGAUGUAAUUACAUACAUAAAUUUGCUGAAAAUUAUGUCAUUUCUGUUUCGUUCAGAGGAAUUAUACAGGAAAACAAAAGUUUGUGUGUGCUCCCGCGCAUCAUUGUUGUUUCGAAUUUCUGUGCUCAAUUUUUUUUCUUAAGAAAAGUAAUUGGUUUUCAAUGCCUUUGAGAAUAUGUUUUUUAUUGAG